GGAUACUCAGAAGCUUUGGGCGCCAUAUUGGACUGUAGCAACUAGCUAACUAUUGUCAUACAUUUGGUGUUAAUAGCUGCCACUGCGUGAGUUUUAAUGUUAUCUGCAAGUUUGCUGUAGGAUAACGUGUUUCAGUGUGUCAUGAAAGAAAUGUCAGCCACCAUGCCUGGCGGGCAACAGCCUCAGAAACACUAUGGCAUCACCUCUGCCAUAAGCCACGCACCCCCCCGGGACAUAGAUCACCAGUACACUAAAAAGCUCAGUGAUGCAAUGAAGCCUUUCGGAGUUUUUGAAGACGAAGAUGAACUAAACCACAGACUUGCUGUCCUUGGGAAGUUAAAUGCAUUUGUCAAGGAGUGGAUUGCAGAGAUUAGUGAAACAAAGAACUUGCCGUUGUCUGCAGUAACUAACACAGGUGGUAAGAUCUUCACCUUUGGUUCCUAUCGACUUGGAGUGCACACAAAAGGAGCGGAUAUUGAUGCCUUGUGUGUAGCUCCACGGCAUGUUGAGAGGACUGACUUUUUCCAGUCUUUCUUUGAGAAACUGAAACAGCACGAAGAGAUCAAAGACUUAAGGGCUGUAGAGGAUGCCUUUGUACCAGUAAUAAAAUUCCAGUUUGAUGGCAUAGAGAUUGAUCUCCUCUUUGCCAGACUGGCUUUGCAGUCCAUACCCGACAACCUGGACCUGAGAGGGGAUUCCCUCCUGAGGAACCUUGACAUCCGGUGCAUCCGCAGCCUCAACGGUUGCAGAGUCACUGAUGAGAUAUUAUACUUGGUGCCAAACAAGGAGAACUUCAGAUUGACCCUGAGAGCCAUUAAGCUGUGGGCAAAACGUCGAGGAAUCUACUCAAACAUGCUGGGGUUCCUGGGCGGUGUGUCGUGGGCCAUGCUGGUGGCCAGGACAUGUCAGCUCUACCCCAACGCUGUGGCUGCCACUCUGGUCCACAAGUUCUUUCUGGUCUUCUCCAAAUGGGAAUGGCCAAAUCCUGUGCUUUUGAAACAGCCUGAAGACAGCAACCUGAACCUGCCAGUCUGGGACCCACGGGUUAAUCCCUCUGACAGAUAUCACUUGAUGCCAAUCAUCACACCUGCCUACCCCCAGCAGAACUCCACCUACAAUGUCUCCACCUCAACACGCACCAUCAUGAGUGAAGAGUUCAAAUUUGGUCUCAGUGUGACAGAUGAGAUUCUGCAGGGGAAAGCGGAAUGGUCCAAGCUGUUUGAGCCACCCAACUUCUUCCAAAAAUACAAGCACUAUAUAGUUCUGACGGCCAGUGCGUCCACAGAAGAAAACCAUCUGGAAUGGAUUGGGCUUGUAGAAUCCAAGAUCCGUGUUCUAGUGGGCAACCUGGAGAGAAACGAAUACAUAACCCUGGCCCACGUCAACCCUCAGUCCUUCCCUGGGUCCAAAGAGAACCGCACAGAAGAUGAGUUUGUGUCCAUGUGGUUCAUCGGGAUCAUAUUCAAGAAAGUGGAGAAUGCCGAGAGUGUAAACAUCGACCUGACCUACGACAUCCAGUCCUUUACAGACACAGUGUACAGACAGGCCAACAACAUCAACAUGCUGAAGGAUGGCAUGAAGAUCGAGGCGACACACGUGAAGAGGAAGCAGCUCCACCAGUACCUCCCACCUGAGCUGGUGCAGAAGAAGAAGAGGAGCAUUGCAGAGUUGAACCGCAGUGCCAACGGGGGGAGCUCCAAGCGCAUCUCCCUGGACGGUAGUCAGCUGGACAGCUCCAGAGACACGGACUCAGGGACACCCUUCAACUCCCCCACCCCCGUGUGCAAGCCCUGCAAGCCAGCCUCCGACGCAGACGACGGCAUCACGCCUUCCAAACCGCCCGUCCCUUUGUUUGUGGACGGCUCCCCCACAUCAGAAGCAUCUCCUGAGCAGGGCAUGUCCAUCCCAGUCCUUGGUACAAAACCGGUGGUUGGGGUUUCCCAGGAGACCGCUCCUACUGCCCCUCUUCCCAGCAGCGCUGUCCCCCCAUUGGUUGCUGGGAGUGUAGACCGCACUAGCGACAGCCCCUCAGAGCAGCCUCUGCCCAACGGCAUGGGAGACCCCGUCAAUGGAGCCUCAUCCAAGAGACCGCUCUCACCCACACAGGACGAUCAGCCCAAUAGGCUAAAAGACACUGAGGAGGUGCCCAAUGAUGACGCUACAUUCAAAGAGCCAUACCCCCCCUCCAGUGAUGGACAUGCACAGGGAGAUGGCGUAACUGUGACUGGUCUUUCUGGGGCAAAAGCAAGGCCUAUUCCAACCAUCGACACAUCCAGAACACAGAGACUGCCCAGCAUGGAGCUGCCAGACGCAUCUUCACCCCUCCCUGCUAGCAACAGCUGCAGAGUGGUCAAGAAUUCCAUCAAGCUAGCUCUCAAUCGCAGCAGCAUCACCCCCCCCAAACCCUCAGGGUUAUUGGAGAGCACCCUGGCGCCAGACGUACCUGUAGCCACGAAAGUGCAGGGCAUGUCCAUACCAGUCAUCGGCUCAAAGAGCAUGGCUGUGAAGCCUGUGGCAGCCCCAGUGGGAAGCACCAUCCCCACAGUGGUGGGCAGGGGCGUCGACCCCAGCAGCAACGGCGCCGCGCCCAAGCGAGCCCACUCGCCCACGCUAGACGAGCAGGCCAAGAGGAUCAAAGAGACCGAGCAGGCUAAAAUCCAAAUCGUGUGAGCUCUAAUGUUCAAACGGAACAUGCAUUUAGAUGAAUUUGGGCCCGUUGCAAUAACCCAGACUGGUGUGUGUGUGUGUGUGUGAUGAGACAAAGCAACGGCUCUUAGCUUAGGGAAGUAUCUGUUCCAGAGGUGGAGGGCGAGGAAUCUCGCCUCGGUAACAGUUGUCACAUGCUCAAUGAGUCCCCGCCCCUCCUCACACCCUGCCAGUCGCCUCGAUUAAGGCCAGAGAAUCCUUAUCUAACAAGUCGUCAGACAUACGGGACCUGUAGUAGGUCUCCCUCUGCCACUCUGGACACUUGAACACCUCUCUAGAUCAAAACAUUGAUAAAAUGAUUAGGCGCCCGUAACAGGAGCGAUGGUUUUCUCCGUUCAGUUAUCUUCUUUUCCGUUGAGUUGCGUGUUUUAAAGGCCUUAAGGUGUCAAUGCUGGGUACACACUCUCCCGAGUAUUUUGAAAAUCGAACUUGUACAGUAGAUGUUUAUGUAAAUAACUCUUUAAAAGAAAAACGAAAAAAUCACUGUUAGUUUUGAUAGUUCUAUUGUAGUUUUUAUUAAUCGAAAAAGAAAAAAAAAAAGUUUAAAAAAUUGUCUUGUGUUUUUCCACUGUCUGAAAAGAAAUAUCCCCUUCUCAAACUGUUUUGUAAUGGCUGUGUAGGUUUCUAUACAAUUACAUGGAUGACUGUGGUUUGCUCAAACCUGGACCAUCUCACAACCAUGACCCUAUCGUGACCCACAACCAUCCAGAGGAUAUUUGUGGUGGUCUAACAUGGAACCCUUCCUUUUUACCAUAAAAUAUAUCUGGUUGUGUGUUUAACUUACCCUUAUUUUACUAUUUUGUGAGCAGCACAGAUUGCGGUACCCUAUUUAAAUACACUAGUAAGAUUUCCAUAGACUGAUCUACAGUGUUUGAAUGUGGGAAACAUGCAUUCAGCUGCUCGGUUUUCUCAAUCCAAGUUAUGUCACCUAAAUAAUUACAUCAAGGAUGGACCUUUUAAAACUCAGUAAACCUGUUUUGCCUCGCUUCAACUUUGUCCUAUGAAACUGGGGUUUGGAGAAUGUGAUGCUGUGGUAAGUAGGAUCUGACUUGUGAAGUGGUCCAUGACUGGAUCUAUGGUGCUUGUGAAACUGGUUCAAAGCUUUUUGAGGGAUUGUGUGUAUGUGCGUGUUGGUUGUUGGUGUGUGAGGAAGGAAAGGAGAAUGUUAUGAGCGAAUAUGUGCUUGUUACCACCUUUGGUCUGCGUGGGUGUGUCUGUUUAUGUGUGUGUUUUGGAAUUCCCUUUUUCGUGGGGUGUUUGCCCUCUGUGCCUCCUGUGGAGGUUCUUAAAAAUGGCAUCUCCUGGGGUCAUAGUAGAGGGGAGAAGUUGGCCUCUAACAUUCUUCUUCUGUCUUUCCAACAAUGAUUUCCUUGGCUGGGUGUACAGAAAUAAUCUGUGUUUUGAAAAGGCUUCUUCAUUAUUGGGGUUUUCUUAUCACUUUAUUUAUAUUUGCAUAUUUGUACCAUGUAAUUUUUUAUAUCAUUCAUAGCGGGUAGUUUAGUUUUUUUUCCCGAAAGACCUCUACACCACUCUUUCAGAAUUCUCAGUUUGCAUUUUGAGGAACUAACAAUACAGGUCAUUUGUUUCUAAUUUGUAUUUGAAAGGGUAUUUUGUAUGUUAUGUUUGUCACCUCCUUUAAAUGACUCCAUAAAUCCAUUAAAUCUUAAAACCCCAAGA